GAAAUCAUGGCGGCUUGCACAAGUUGAUGAGUUGAGGAUUUAGUGCGAAUGAAGCGUCGAUGAUGAAAUCAUGAACUGUUUCCUUUAGUAUUUGUUUUUUUUACAUAUGCAAGGGGGAACUCCACGAUAAUUUUCUUCUUAAAUUAACGCAAGGUUUUCAUCUUUGACUCUUCUGGAAUCAUUUUGAGACUCGCUGUAGCACAGUGUAGAAGGUUUUUUCAGCAUUGGAUUCCGAGAUGGCUGUAUCUCAAACUCCUCCGUUUCCACCCCCAGAAGAUCAAGAUCAGAAGAACAUCAUCGACAAACUUGCAAACUUUGUUGCCCGAAAUGGCAGCAAGUUUGAGGAUAUGACCAAGGAGAAACAGAAAGGAAACCCAAAGUUUGCAUUUUUGUUCAGUGGAGAGCACUACAAUUACUACAGAUGGAAGGUUUCAUUUGAAAUUGCUCAGCAACAAACCCAACAACAUUUACAAAACCAGCAACAACUCGCACAGCAAGCAACAGCACAAUUUCCUACAAAUCCGCAAGCUCAUUUGGUGCAACAAGCUAUUGUUCAACAGUCAAUAAAUACAGCUCCAUGGCAACAAGCACAACAGCAGGCUCAACAACAGAUGCAAGCCCUUCAACAGCAGGCCCAAGCUACUGCAGCCAGGUAUCAGCCUCCUGCUCCUGUUCAGCAGCAAGCCGAUGAAGUAGAUAUGACAGAACUAGAAAACCUGUUGCAUAAGAUCAUGGAGUCAUGCACAAAGGAUUCUAUAUCUAGUGGAAAGAAUUUCAUAUUCACCAAUGCCAAGACAAAGACAAGCUGCUUGCAGAUUUCUCAGUAUCUGCUUAAGAGAGCCCUUGGUCCAGGAAUGCAGUUUCAACACAAACUUCACAUUGUUUACCUUGUCAAUGAUAUUCUUCACCACUGUCAAAGGAAAGGAGCACAGGACCUUCAGAAGAGUCUUCAAGAUAUUGUAGUGCCUUUGUUUUUCUGUACACAGAUAGGGGAAUCAGCUGAAAAUCUGCAGAAAAUAACAAAAGUUUUAGGAAUUUGGGAAAGUCAUAAUCUUUUUGAGCCAUCCUUACUACAAGAACUGAAAAACACUGAGGCAGGUCAGAGUAAUGUUGAUGCAGCCCGGGAACAAAUGUUCAAUCAAGGUUUUUAUGUAGCACCAGAACACCGUCAACCAUAUUACCAGCAGCCACAGGAUACCCAACAGAAUCCACAGUCAGAUCUGCAAGCUCCUGGAAGAGAAGAUAAUUUGAAGCAGCCAAAAGUAGAGGGAGUCUCCAAAGAAACAAGGGAUGAGGCACCACAACAAGUCAUUGAGAAAGGAAAAGAAGAAAACACAGAGAAAAUGCCAUCAGAAGAUGCUAAGACGAGGAUACAAAACGUAAAGCAGGAGGAGGCAGCCAUGCAGCAACCAUUCCAACCACCACCUUAUCAGCAACAUCCUCCACCCUUCCCUCCCCCAUUUGGUGAUCAGAGACCUCAGUUCUAUGGGCGUGGUCCACCACCCUUUCCUCCUCAUUUUCCUCCUCCACCCUACGUACCAGAUUUCAGACACCCCCCACCAAUGUUUGGUGGGCCCCGACCUCCCAACUUCCAUGAUGAAGGAUACCAUGUGAGGCCACCACCACCUCAAUUCCGUGGUCCACCGCAACAGUUCGACUAUCAACACCAGAUGCCAGAGUUUGAGCAGUUUGAGGGUAGGGGUCCUCCCCCACCCAUGGUGAACGACUACAAUCAUGGCAGAAUGCAGGAGGAGGAGGGAUACGGCAUGGAGGAGUACGAGAUACCACCUGAACCUUCCAUACCUGAGCCUAUUAUACCAACUGCAAUGUACUAUGAUCUACCUGCUGGUCUCAUGGCUCCAUUAGUAGGGCUGCCAGAUGUGGACUACAAGCCGAUAGAUCCAGCUUCUCUUCGUCUUCCUGCACCACAGCCACCAAGCGAAAGACUUCUUUCUGCAGUAGAAGCGUUCUACAGUCCACCAAGUCACGAGAGGCCCAGGAACAGUGAAGGGUGGGAGCAAAGUGGCUUGUUUGAGUUUUACAAGGCAAAGCUUAAGUACAUAAAAGAUCGAGAGGAAGCAGAGAAACACAAAGUGCAAGAACUUCCAACGAGCAGAUCAAGGUCCCAGUCCAGAUCUCCCCGGCCACGUUCUCGUUCUCGCUCUCAAUCCCCUCGUCAGCGGCGGUCUCGUUCUCGCUCCAGAUCACCUAGAAGACGGCAUUCACGGAGCAAGUCUAUCUCUCCAAGAAAAAGAAGGUCGCGCUCAAGGUCUCGAUCACGUUCGAGAUCACGCUCACGUUCACGCUCCAAGUCACGAUCACGUUCAAUCUCACCAAUGUUCAAGUCAAACAGAAGUCCUGGUAGAAGUCCAACGCCUCCAAGUUUUCAUCCGUCGUAUACAUCUAAGGUCCCUGAACAAAGACUGGAUGAAAGUAAUGUUGGACAUCAGAUGCUCAAGAAAAUGGGUUGGGAAGGAGCUGGACUGGGUAGAAGUAUGCAAGGGAUACAGGAUCCAAUAUCAGGGGGAGAGAUUCGGGAUAAGUUUGACAAGUUCAAGGGAGUUGGUGCAGAUAUGAAGGACCCGUUUGAAGCAUAUAGGAAGAGUAAAAGUUAUUCAUUUCUGGGUUCGCGUAUCGCUAAGUCAGAAGCCAAAGCCGCUGCAAAGGCAGCAGCGAGAGCAGAGAGAAAGAAAGAUUGAAACUGUCAACAGCAGAGGAAGUGUAUUUAUUACAAAACGCACGGAAAUCACGAGAGAAGUUCUCCUCGUGAUGCGGUGAAAAGAGACUCGAAGUGAUCCAUGGUUUUGUCAAAGACCUCGAGUAGUUACGUUACGAUAAGUUGGUAGGACAACGAUCGGCGCCGUUGGGGGUUUCGUACUGACCCCCUUAAUGCAUUCUGGAGGAGUUGUAAAGUCCCUCCCCCCCACCUCCCCCUCUCCCUUUCUGACAGCCUAAGUAAGCAUAGUUGAAGCCGGGCUUUCCCGAUGUCAAGCAUGCAUUCAUAGUUGGCUCGUAAUCUUUUGACUUUAAUAAUGUGUCUACAUUACUUUCUCCGUUUAACUACUGACGUAUUCACUCCAAAUAUCAAAGCACUCUACACGACAUGCAGAGCUUUAACUAGGCAAAAAAACUGCUUGAAAAAACAAAAAGAAAAAAUCGUUUUGUCUUGUCAGGAAAUCGUAAGGGAGGAAAAAAGGUUUUCCUGAGGGUUUUGUAGUGUAGUAUACAAAUCAACCUUUAAGCCACAGGUUUUGCUCAGGUUUUGCUUGCUAUGAGCUUUUCUCUUCCAGAACGGGUUGUUCUGCAUGCGUAAAAGGCUGUCAAUGCCGUUGACGGCGUUUAGAAUGGUGAAUGUGUCAAAGAUGUACCGUAAAGGUGCUGGGAGCACUUGCAUCUGUUGUUUCAUUUUUAGUUAAACUUUUUGGUAGCGAAACUUAUACAGGGUUACUGUUUUUUUGUUUUUUGUUUUUUUUGUUUUUUUUUUUUUAAAUGAACAAAGUUUACAUCGCUCACAGAACACCGUUCAUAAACGCAGCCGCCUUUACCUUCUAUGUUCCAUCAUUUUAAUAAAAAUAGACAUCAAAAGAA